UAAGCUUUUGCGUAAGCUCCAAACACUCCCACUGCUCUUUUUCUUUCUCAAAUCCAACGUUUCAAAACCCACCUUAAUCUACCAGACCUUGAUCUCAACUUUUACGCCCUUGGUUUUUCUUGUCUUCUUUGAUCUUUCUCCUUCAAUUUGCUGAUGAAUCCUAUGUAAAUCAACCCCUCAUCGCCUAUUUCUCCGUGGAGUAGAGCCUCCGUUUCUUGCUCAUUUCUUGUUAAUGGAACAAAUGCUGGUGCCACCAUGGCUAGAAUCGUUAUUGUCAUCUUCAUUUUUCAACAUUUGCCCUAGGCACCAAGAUUCCCCACGUAAUGAAUGCAAUAUGUUUUGCCUUGAUUGCAAGAACGAAGCCUUUUGCUUCUAUUGCCGAUCCUCCAGCCACAAAGAUCAUAUAGUUAUUCAAAUCAGGAGAUCAUCGUAUCAUGAUGUUGUUAGGGUUGCUGAGAUUCAGAAUGUUUUGGACAUUAGUGAAGUUCAAACUUACGUUAUAAACAGUGCUAGAGUUCUUUUUCUAAAUGAAAGACCACAGCCUAAGACUAGUUCAAGCAAAGGGGUCUCUCAUUUAUGCGAAACAUGUGGAAGAAGUCUCUUGGACCCCUUUCGUUUCUGUUCUCUCGGAUGCAAGGUAGUAGGAAUAAAGAAAAAUGGGGAUACCAACUUUAACUUAACCACUAAGGAGGAGGAAAUGGAGGAAAGAAGGGAAGGAAUUUCAGGAAGAAGAUUGACAUCAAAGGAAGAAGAAGAAUUGCGUGUAGAAAGCCAACAAGACAUGUACAGAAGCACUUCUCACAAUUCCAAUUCAAGAAGAAGAAAAGGCAUCCCUCAUAGAGCACCUUUUGGAUCCUAAUUAAUUAUAUUUUAUUAAUUAAUCUUCUUCCCUUUAUAACUUUGUAAAUGAUACAGCUCAUUCCUCACAACCCACCACAUGGGAUUGAUUAAGGAGUAAUUAAUUACUAAUUAAGGAGUAUUUUAAUUCAUGGGUUUUAAAGAAAAUAAAUAAGUGCAGAAGCAGGUUUUUAUUUUAUAUAUAUA